CUCAGAACAUAACGGCAGACGAAAUACCGCUUAUCAUUUCGCCCGGCGUGCUAACGUUUCUGCUAGCUUUGCCGAUUAUUGAAACACAGCUUAAUCGGAAAUAUUGAAAAUUUAGCACUUAACAUAUUUUAAGCGGUAGCAGGAAAAUUUUAAGUUUAUUACUGACUAAACUUGAGUAUUAUUUACACAGAAAUCCAGCACCCUGAACAAAACGAAAUUUUAUUAGCAAGUAUUGCGUGCUAACAUACAGUUUUCCCAGUAAACAUGGCUUCUGGAUUUUCGGUUAAGAUAUAUCGUUCCCCCCGCGCACGUCAAACUACUCGAAGUGAUGGCUCAAAGAAGUGUGUCGCAUGUAGUUCCAAGAUCGUUUAUAUGGGAUUCUUGUCAGAAAGUUCACGGAACACUGCAGCGGUCAAAUCACGUAAUGACUGUCCCCUUCAUGGUAGAAGGGAGGAGAUGCAACCCAGCAUUGUCUCUUCUAUUUACAAUGGUGGAGGGGACAAUAUCUGUUCAAUCUGCUGUGACAGUUUUCGCAUGGGCGAAAAUAUGGAAAUUCUCUCUGCUUGUUUGCAUAAAUACCACUCACCUUGCCUAGCUGAGUGGUUAAAAAAGAAACGAAACUGCCCAACUUGCCGAUCGAAAUGUUAAUAACUUCGAACACUUGCGGAAUAUUAGAUAUUCUAAUUCUCACGAACUUUUUAUGAUUUUGUUUUCGAUGCUUUGUUGUAAAUAUUUUAAAAUUUUCGAAAUAAAUUUCUUUUA